AUUUAUUUAAAUGAUGUAAGACAGAAUCAGUUAACACAGACAUUCAUAACAAGUAGCUCAGUUGGGAGAGCAUGAGACACUUAAUCUCAGGAUUGUAAAUUCAAGCCCCACAUUGGGCAAAAGGACCCUGCAUUGCAGGGGGGUUGGACUAGAUGACCCUUGGCGUCCCUUCCAACUGUACAAUUCCAUGUUUCUUUGAUUCUACGAUAAGCGAUACAUGACCAAACAGGCUACGUUUCAAAGGAGUGAAGCUAUCAGCAUCCACGGAGAAAGGAGGAUGUUGUGAAAUUGCCCAGGGAAAGACUGGGGAAGCGACAGAGAUGUUGACAGGAAGGAGAAGGGGGCCUGUGGCUGAAUGGGUAAAGGUGUUCUCAGAAAGAAAAUGGACAUUGACUUGAACCACUUGCUUUAGGAAAAGAAAGGGAGAUUGCUAGAACAGGAGAAAGAGAGCAGAUCACCCCCAGAAAGGGGAGUGUGAUUGGGCUUGAAAGAAGAAUAUAGGAGAAGAGGAAAGAGAGUGGGGGGGGCUGACCUGUCUGUGAGAGUGCGUGCAAUAUAUGUUCAUAUUUCUGUGAGUUUUGCAUUUGAUGUAGUAGGUGGGUUCCUCUUCAGCGACAGAGAGUGAUAGAGAAGAGGAGAAGGAUGAAGGUCCUGAGGAGAGUUCUUGUAUUGGAAAGAAAGUCUGUUUUCAGAUUGAAAACAUUCCUAGUUGUUAUGGCAGAAAGCAACCAAUUUUAUGAGUGUUUAAUGAUUAAAAUAAAAGCAAAGACUAAAAAAAAGUUGGUUUCCUGUCUUAUCAAACUCAUGGUGUCUAUAUAACUGGGUUGAGAGGUGAUAACCUAUCUGAAGAGCUUGUCCUUUCCUGAUCUAACAAUAGGAAGCUAAACAUUAACUGUGAUCAUACCUGUCUGUCAUUUCUAAGUGGAGGACUUAAUUUUCCAGUUUAACAAGCAACCCAAGAAGGGUCACAGCGGGCCACAAAUUAACAGCUGCCAAUCAACAAUUAUCCUCUGGGAGGCUUACAAGCACAACACCAUUAAAAAUACAAUGUGUAUAUAAUAUUUAAAGUCAACAACCAACAGCAAAAGACAGAAAAGAAAAAUCCACAGGAAAAACCCCUCACAAGAGACUUUGCUAGCAUCUAUGAGUGAUACAAGCAAAUUAUGCCUAUUUUCCAUGUUUAGAAACAUAGAAUUGUAGAGUUGGAAGGGACCAAGAGGGUCAUCUAGUCCAACCCCCUGCAAUGGAGGAGUCUUUUGCUCAACGCGGGGGUUGAACCCACCUGAGAUUAAGUCUCAUGCUAGUAACUGAGCUGAGCUAGUAACUUGAAGGAUCAGAUACAGUUUGUUUAAAAUUUGAGUCUUGCCAACACUUAGAUCAAAGUGAAUAUCCAACACAUCUGAUAACAAGGAGGAGGGGGGGGGAGAGAAACACAUACAUUUAUUAAAGCAUAGCAAGCUUCAGUAUUCCUUGCUUCUGCCAGUAAUUCCACAUGAAAUCAGUGGAAGUAGCCAUAUUGUAAACCUGGACCCCCUUUAUUCCCAAAGGUUAGAGGUGAUAUAGCAUUGAUAUCUCAUGAUCAUAUUCAGAAGGAAUGUGGAUUGCAUUAGUCGAGAACCUCCGACCCUCCAGAUAUUUCUGAACUACAACUCCUAUCAGCCCUAGCAAACAUGGCCAAUGCCAGGGGAUGAUGGCACUUGCAGUUCAGCAACACCUGAGUGCCAAAGGCUCUCCAUAUGCCAUGCCUUGGGCUGUGUGCACAUUACUGUUUACUCUGGCUCCAUUGUGCUCCCACCGCUGGCGUCUGCAGCUGUAUGCACAUGGUGUUAGCCACAAUCCAUCUAUAUCCUGUGGCUUCUUGAGAAAUACUCAGGUACUUUCCCUCAAAGGAGCUGUUGAGCCGAGGUGCGUACAUUUCAGGCAGCUGUUGCGCAUGCGCAGAUGACAACACGUGCACAAAUGGCAAGAGGAAACAAAUCAAGUAUUGGGCAACCAGAUGAAGACAUCCCCUCCGUCUCUCUGGUGUGUUGAACAAGGUAAGAAAGCGACUUGAAACCAGCAGGGGCAGGGAAACAUCCUCACUGUGUUUCAAACAUCAAAUGUGCCCUCAGCCUCACUCCUGGUCCAAAUCAGCCUGGUUGUCAUGGUGUCCCUGACCAACUGCCACUCUUAACUGUCACCAAACAGGCUGCCUGUGACAUUCCAGAAGGGCUCCUCCUCCUGCAAUAGUUAAUUUCUUCUUCUUUUAACCCAUUCUGCUUGCCAUUUGUGGCAGCUUUAUUUAUUCAUUUAAAAGAUGGAUUACAUUUUCCCCUGGCCCAUUGAGUCCAUAAGCGCUAAAUAAAAAAAUAUUUCUUAGGCAUGCCUAUACUCGCAUACCCGUUUGCAACAUUUUCACAUGCGCUUCAUCUGCUUAGGGAUGUGGCAACAUGGCAAGGGCUGUGAGUUUCAUGAGGAAAGAAAUCUGGGGAGCUGAGUGGCAGUUCUAAACAAAAACAAAAACACCUUAGGAGAUGCAACAUUUAGCGUGGACGUUGGUGACACCUACAGGUUCCUUGUUCUUUAUUUCUUUUAUUCCUUGAAGAAUCUGAAACUAUUGGAAAGCAGUGUGUGUGUGACAGAGAGACAGAGAGAAAGAAAGAAAGAAAGAGGGACGUCCACCAGGAAGAAAGUGGUUCUGUUGUUCUUAUUUGUGGCCUUUUGCCCCUCAGGCUGCGCCCUGCGCGCCUUUUCCUCACGCGUAGGUGAGCCGAACGAGGACAACCGUCGCCUUGGCCAUCUGAGCGGGGAAAACGCGCGCACACACAAAACUGGUCAUUCCAGCAGAGCCACGCUCGCUCGCCAUCUCUCCCCAAGAGGUCCCCACCUCCCGGGGAGUUUCAUCCUCGGGUUUCUGCAGCUCCUCCCGGUUCCUUAAACCGGGACGGUCUCCUUGCCACACCGCCUGCUGUUCUCUUUCCAUUUCUCUCCGCGCGCGCUCUGAUCUUGGAGCCGCCGAAGCUGCUGCUGCUGGGACCCGGCGGCCUCGAGUCUCCGGAGACGGUGGUGGGCGGGGAAGUCGGUGGCAGGUGCUUCAGGUCCUUCCUGGGCUGCGCGCCAUGAAGGAAGAUGGCGUGGACAACCCGGCUUUCGAGCCUUCCAGCCCGGAGGGCUCCGAGCACAAGCGGGCGGCGCUCUCUCCAGGCCGCCUCGGCCAUCCGGCAUUGGGCGCGUCCUGCAGUUUGGACCCGGAGGAGCACCUCUGCGGCAUCGGCAGGUUCGCGCCCGCCGCGCUGCAGGUCUGCAACAACCCCAAGGGCUACUUGCUCUUCUACAGUCUCCUCUCCAUCUUCCAAGGUGAGGAGAAAAGAAGGCAGAGGGGUUUUCUCUCCCCCGCCUCCCAGGAGACGGAGAUUUCCCCCCACAAGGCUUCCAAGACGGUCGUGGUCAAGCGCGCCCUUGUGGCGCAUGGGUUGCGGUGAUGUGGGAGCAAGGCGGAUGGAAAAGAAAGUGCAAGUGGGGGCGGGGGAGAGGAUUCAGAUCAAAUGCCUGGGAUAGCUCAGUUGGUAGAGAAUGAAACUCUUUAUCUCAGGGUUCGAGCCCCAUGGUCUCUUCCAACUGUACAAUUCGAUGGUUUGAUGAAAAUAUGAGUUCCUCCUCCACCUGCACCCGGGCCACCUCCCCAAACAUAGGAGCCAACUCCUUGGGGGACCCAGACCCCUCGAAUAUUUAUUGAUGGGCAUUGCCAUUCAAAUGGUAUGUGUGCACCAUGUCUUGUGAUCUAUGAUGCGGGGUGGGGUUUACCUGCCCUCCAUAUUUAAGUUGGCACCUCUGCCCCCAAAUCAUGGGUGUCCUUCAAGGUUGUUCAUCGAAGGGAUCUCUCGUAUUUCACUGUGGGCAAGAUUUUGGCAAUGCACGUGAUUGGACUAAAAUUCACUAGAUGGCUUUUGGGGUCCCUUCCAACUCGACGAUUCUAUAAUUAUAUGCACAUCACUGGUUCAGGGUUUUGGGGCACCACAAAGCCUAGCUGAAUCAGGCCACUGGUCCUUCUGGUAGGCUUAGUGUGACCUACACCAGGAGUGGCCAACCUAGAUUUGUAGAGUUGGAAGAGAUCAUCUAACUCAAACUCCUGCAAUGCAGGAAUAUGCAGCCGUCCCAUAUUGGAAUUGAACCUUCAACUUUGGCUUUAUCACUACCACACUCUAAUCAACUGAACAUCCCAGAUGUUGCUGGGCUCUCAGCUCCUACCAACCCUGACAUCACAGACCAUUUAUUUUAUUAUUUUUAUUUAUUUCAUCGCAUUUAUACCUCACCUUUUUUCCUCCAAGGAGCCAGAGGUGGCAAAUGGGGUUCUCCCUCCCAUCUCAUUUAAUCCGCAUAACAGCACUGUGAGGUAGGUUAGGCAGAGAGGCAGUGAUUGGCUCAAGGUCACCCAGUGAGGUAUGUGGCUGAGUGAAGAUUUCACUCGCAGCCCCUGGUCUGACACUCUAACCAAUCCUCCACACUGGCUUUUGUCAGGGAUGAUGAGAGGUGUGGUCCAACCAUAUCUGGAGGGCAGUGGGUUAGCCCCCUGCCCCAGCCUACACUAACUCUAAUGUUUCAGAGUGAGUUCUUUCUUUCCAUAUGUGGAGAUUGGAACUGGGAUCUUUUGUGUUCUCCCACUAAGCUAAGUUGGCUCCAAUUUGUCCCUGCUGCGGCAGCAAUGUGAGUGAGCAAACUCAGCCACUGCUCUUUAUAGUCCUCUCUGCCAUGCUAUUCAGAGGAAGCGGGCAGGUGAGGGGUGGCUGCAGCUGCUCCUUGUGGCUGUGGCCGCUGCUUGCUCACCUCCCAGUGGUGGAGCUCUCUGUUACUCUCAUCCUGGAUAGCUCGGUUGGUUAGAGAAAGGUGCUGAAAAUGCAAGAUGGCAAGUUUGAUCCCCACGUGGGAUGGCUGUAUAUUCCUGCAUUGCAGAGGGUUGGACUAGAUAAACCUCAGAGUCCCUUCCAAACUGUACAAUUCUGUGAUUCUGUGAAAUGUAUGGAUGGACAACGUGUGCAUUAUCUGUAUUUGUUUCAUUUGUGUCCCACCUUUCCUCCAAUGAACUCAUGGCACUGUACAUCAUUCUCUCCCCUCACCAUUUGUCCUCACAGCACCCCUGCAAGGUAGUUUACGCCGAGAGAUUGUGACUGGCGAAAAAUUACCCCGUUCGGUUAAUGGCUAAGGGGGAAUUUGAACCUGGGUCUCCCAGGUCCUGGUUCAACAAUCUAACCAGCAAUCCAUCCAGGUUUUAACAUCCGUAAACUGUAAAAUAAAAUGAGGCUGCAUGCCUAUUUAAAACCAACAAAAUGAAAAAAGGCCUUUAUCUGAGAAUAUACCUCUUCAUGUGAAAUAUACUAGAAAUCUGUGGGACAAAGCUCUUAGUGAGAAGGCCAUAACUUCUCCUUACCACCACCACCUACUUCCCUACCUGCCAGAGAACGAACUAUCUCUUAAUCCUUUACUGACACCCUGUGGGAGGCUGGGCAGAGGGCCAAUCCUUUCAACUUCCACUGGCUUGCCUAGUUUAAGUGUGAAGGAGAAAAAACAAGGCAGCUCCCACUGCCUGGGGCAAAGACACAAACACAACACAGUGGAAGAUGCAACCCACACACUCAAUGGUGGCACCAAGAAAUAUUUUUUUUUUGGGGGGGGGGAGGGGGCACAGAAAUGGUAAAGGAUAUUUCUAGGUGGGCAAGUUGUGUCCCAGAAGUUAACAUAAAGUAAAACAACAGUAUAUUUUAAUGGAGGUCCAGAAAUGGGAGGGCAAGUGUGGGGGUGAGCUGCUUGUUCCCUGUCCGCCCUUCUGGCAUCACCCAUACACCCACUGGAGGGAGAUUCUUCCAGAAGCAGCAGGAGUCACUCAGGUGUUGGUGCCACCAUGUCUUCCUGAGGCCCAUGCCAAGCCUGCUGAUGGUGCCAGCCUGUUACCACCCUCCUGUGCUAUGUGUUAAUUUGGCUAACAGUUCAGGAAGUGCUCUGGUGUCCUUUGACAGUUGUGGAGAUGAAGGUACUUUUCGCAGGCGCAACUUUCCCCUGCCAAGUCCUGGAAUGACCUGCUGAAAACAAUGGUUCAGGGUGCAAGAGGACGGUUGACUCUCUGGGCUCGGGGACACUUGAAGCUAUUGGGUUCAGCAGAACCACCUCCCCAAUUUUAUAGCCACAACUUUGGAUUUGAAUCCUCACUAGGUUUACAGAUACGACUGUAUUUUUAUUAGUCUUCCAAGGUGGUAGUAAUGCGAUAUUGAGUAUACACCAGCAACUGACUGUCUCUUGCUAAGAGAUCAAAUUUCGCAAGGACAGUUCUUACGUUACAAUGGCAGCUUUGUUGCACUUCCUUGUGGCUCUGUCCCAUAUCACUCUGGUAACAUUUGUAUGCAGAAAAUCACAUGAGGUGGAAUGAUUGAAGAUAAAGUUCCUUCCAUCAGUCUGUUACACACAAUUUCCUAUAUGCAAGACAUGGCAGAAACAGUGUGGGAUGGAGCCAUAAGGAAGUGUCACCCACACCAGAGAUGAUGGGACCUUGUGUUACUUGAAGUAGAAGCGAAUUGGAGUCUCCCAUCCUUCUCUCAUAUUGAGUUGAGGUUGUGCUGAGGGAUGGGUUCGUUUCUUAACCCUGUCCCUCCCACCUUCUUUCCUGCUUUUAAGGGUGCUGAACCCAAAUCUUGCCUCUCUUUGUUGUGGGUGUGGAUGAGCUUUGUCCCACACAUUAGAUUAAAUGUUAGGAAAGCAAACAACGCAUAGGCACGUUUUUGUUCCUUCAGGAAUCAUACAUAGCCAAAGACUUUCUACAAGGCAUGAUGUGUCACAUCAGUGGGCAGAGGGCCUGAAAAACAAGUUCUGCCUAUUGGUCUAAGCAGUUUUUAGAGAUUGCAAUUCAUUUACAAUUCUACAUCUGUAACUUCAAAAGAGACAAUUUAGAACUGGGCAGCUGCAUGACCAGAAUGAGGCUGACCUGAAAAGUUGCAAUACUAGAGCUGCUUAACUGAGUUGUAUUACAGACCAGUCUUAGGGAUUUUUUAGGCUCAAAGUUAGAUGGUUAUAUUCAUAUAUCUUACAAAAUCAUUUAAAAGUAAUACAAUUAAUUAGGAGCUCAAUUGGACUUUUGAGAAAACUUCCAUGCUAUUGGACUGACAUUGCAGUACAGUGGUACCUCGGGUUACGAAAUUAAUUUGUUCCGGAGGUCUGUUCUUAACCUGAAACCAUUCUUAACCUGAGGCACGCUUUCGCUAAUGGGCCCUCCUGCUGUCGCUGCACUGCUGGUGCGCAAUUUCUGUUCUCAUCGUGGGGCAAAGUUUGUAACCUAAGGUACUACUUCCAGGUUAGCAGAGUUUGUAACCUGAAGCGUUUGUAACCUGAGGUACCACUGUACUGCAUUCCAGAACAGAUGGCAUGAAAACAUGUUGGUCUUAUGGGGCUUUGGAGGGAAUAAAACUUGCUAAUUUUUAAGAUUAUUAAUUAUUCUUUAGUGGGAACCCUGAUUAUACAAAAUAAUAGAGUAGUUGCCCAUGAAGAGCUAAUUGCACAAGUAAUUUGUUUAACAAAUGAAUAAUGCAAUUUGAGAAUUCUUGCUUGCAAGCUUUGAAGUCAUAGUCCAAACUUUCUUUUAAUCCACCAAGGUGUUGGACAGUUCAGAGCAGCGUUUUUGAAGACAGCUCUGUGUACAUACCAUACAUUUAAAUAUUAAAGAAUCUCGGGAGCUAUAGUUUACCUCUCACAGAGCUAUAGGUCCCAGGACUCUUUAAGAAAUCACAGCUCCCAAUAUUGUUUUCUUGGUGUGUGUUUGUGAUGUGCUUUAAGUAUACGGGGUGUACGCAACUCUUAAAGUGACAGGACAACCACAGCAAAUCGCAAAAUUGACGAUAGGCAGCUUUCAUAGGAAAUUGACUCAGACCAUUGGGCUGAAUAACUGUCUGCAGUGACCAGCAGCAGCGGCGGUAGGCAAAGGUGUAGUGCAGAGGAGGGAAGAGGUGCCUGUACCGGCAUGUGCCGCUUAAAUGCAUUGGUGGCAACUAAUAUGGGUGAAUGUGCCCUAUUGUAGUGAACGGCAGUACUUAACAAAAACAAUGUCUCUUGAUUUCCACCCCCCCGGCAUUUAUAUACUGCUUAAUCAUUCGCUUAAAUACUUUGGGGGGACAAUACUGACGUAUAAAGAGCAGAACGUUACCCAGCCCAUGUUGUUGUUGUUGGCAUCUGUCUGUCUUGGAAGACAAGGGAGCCCAUGUAGAAAGGUGCUAUCAUUAUAAAAAAACAUCGAUGUAUCCUUUGAUUAUCUGAUUUUAUUUCUCUUUUCUUUUAGGCAUUGUGGUAAACGGACUAGUAAACGUGAGCAUUUCCACCAUUGAGAAGCGUUAUGAUUUGAACAGCUCCCUCACUGGUAUAAUCUCCUCCGGCUAUGACAUAUCCUUCUGUUUGCUCUGCCUUUUUAUAUCCUUCUACGGAGAAAGAGGGCACAAACCAAGAUGGCUGGCCUUUGCAUCUUUCUUGAUAGCACUAGGUGCACUUGUUUUUUGCUUGCCACAUUUUACUGCUGGACCAUAUAUAUACGGGGAUAAAGUAGAAGGUAAGUUCUUAUGCAUUAAAUGUUUCUUUCAUUGUCAUUUUGAAGUUAUGGUUCCUGGAUAUACAGUCUCUCUCUCUCUCUCUCUCUCUCUCUCUCUCUCUCUCUCUCUCUCUCUCAUCUAUCAUCUAAAUCAGGGGUCAGCAACCUUUUUCAGCCGUGGGCCAGCCCACCGUCCCUCAGACCAUGUGGUGGGCUGGACUAUAUUUUUUUUGGGGGGGGGAAUGAAUGAAUUCCUAUGUCCCACAAAUAACCCAAAUAUGCAUUUUAAAUAAAAGCACACAUUCUACUCAUGUAAAAACACUAGGCAGGCCCCACAAAUAAUCCAGUGAUGCAUUUUAAAUAAAAGGACACAUUCUACUCAUGUAAAAACACACUGAUUCCUAGACCAUCCGAAGGCCAGAUUGAGCAGGUGAUUGGGCUGCAUCCGGCCCACGGGCCUUAGGUUGCCUACCCCUGAUCUAAACACAAGUUGAAUUUAUACAUUUCGUAUACAGACAUAACUGGGAUCUCAAAAGCCUUGCGAACAAAUCGGCUCCCAAAUGAUCGAAACUCGGAAGUGAGUGUUCCGGUUUUCGAACAAUUUUCAGAAGCCGCACCUUGGUUUUCGAACGGUUUCCCACCCCCUCCUUUUUAGAGAUUGACAACAUUUAUCCAUGGGGUUUUCUUGUUUUGCUUAGUGUGCAAUUUACCUUUAUGUAAAAGCCAAUAGAUGGAUUCCACCAUGCUCAUAAAAUAAGGCCCAUUGAAUGCUCUGUCAGUAGAGAUUCAGCAGGUACCUUCUGUUUCAACCUUUAAAUGCCUGCUGAUAAAUUUUCUACGCUGCCUUGCUUUACGCAGGCAAUUUAGAUGAAACCUGUGUGGUACCUGUGAUACCUGUGUGGUAUCAUAGUCAAGAACCGCUUUGUUGUUGUUGUUUUUAGGAUAUAGCAGUAUUUGAAUAGAUUGAUACAUAAAUAAAUACAUAGCAUGGUAUAAUGUGAACCUAGGGUGGGGCUAUGCAGAGGAAGGGGUGAGGCUCUGGAGAGUUGGACUGCUUUCUACUCUGAGUUAUUCAUGAUGAAGUAAACAGAUUAUAAUUUGGCACGCGGUGGGGGUGGUGAGGGCAUGACAGCAGGGUUGAGAGCACACAUGACACCCACUCCACUGUUUCCUUCUCUCACACAGCAGUAUUUAUUAACCACAGGCUCUCCUGCCAGGGAGUCUGCAUCCCAGGACUUUGUAACCAGAGACAGGCCUGAGAGACUCUGAAUGCGCACCUUUGUCUAACUCCAGUGAACUCCAUCCGCUCCUAUUAUAUUACUUAGAGUUCCCUUGAAUUGUCUACCUGCCUGGUUUUGUCUUAGUGGCUUUCUCCCUUCUUUUCCUUGUUCCUCUUAAAUUCCCCCCCCCUCUGUCUGUCUGUCUGUCUCUCUCUGGCCUGUUGGCUUUUGUAAUUCCUUUCAUCAAACCCGCUUUUAAAACUAAAAGCAGUUUGCAGCCCAGACUAGGGAGAGCUGUUGGAAGGGAAUAAAUGCCAGAAAUGGGUGCAGAUUUGUUUUUUAAGUGUGUUGCCUGCAGUGUUUGAACUUGCUGAAUUAUUUUUUUAAUUAGAAGUUUGAUAACCUUUUAUGUAUUUCUGAUUCUUCAGGGUGUAUGUAAUGUAUGCAUUAUCACCUAAAUAUCUAGCAUGGUGGUCCUUAAGAGACCACUUUUUCCCCUUUUUAACAUUUAAGAGAAACAGCUAUGACCCAGAAGGCCAGCUCAGAGAGGUAAUGCCUGGGUGAAGAAGUUAAAUACCUAGUCUGUGAGGGCUUCCAAGCCUCAUCAAAAAUAGAAAUGGUCUUCUGCCAUUAGCUGAGUUGUAGUGAGUUUCUACAUGAAGAGCAGAAGACAACACAAAGCAGGGAUGGCCCACCCGUUGCCUCAAGUGGCAGAUCCAUUCACUGGUGGUGGAACCACUCGCCCUCCGCCCACUCACCCACCUGAAUGCCACCACUGCCACCCACCUCCUUUUACUCGCCAGGCCGCCUCAGGCGGUGUGAAUGCGUGCGGCAGCAUUCUUAAUUUUGCCUAAGGCGGCAAAACAUCCUGGGCUAGCCCUGACACAAAAGGUGUCUCAGUUAAUUCUUAAUAUUAUGUUUUAAGAUGCUUCCAGUGUUAUAACAUAUAAAUGGCAUAAUUGUACUAUUGCAUUGUAUUACAGUGGUACCUCGGGUUAAGUACUUAAUUAGUUCCGGAGGUCCGUUCUUAACCUGAAACUGUUCUUAACCUGAAGCACCACUUUAGCUAAUGGGGCCUCCUGCUGACACCACGCUGCUGGAGCACGAUUUCUGUUCUCAUCCUGAAGCAAAGUUCUUAACCUGAAGCACUAUUUCUGGGUUAGCAGAAUCUGUAACCUGAAGCGUAUGUAACCUGAAGCGUAUGUAACCUGAGGUACCACUGUAUUAGCACCACCAUUUUAACCAAGGUUAUGGAGCCUCUCUAUCCCAUAACAGAGAGAAAAAAGGGAACCCAAACGGUUGGAACAGGCCACUUCAAUCUAAGCAUCUCACUUCUUGCAGUUAAGAGACCAUUACGUUUUCGGCUGCCUACCAGCAAACCAAAGCUGUUGAUGUAAAUGAAAGUUAACCUCCCACAGUUGCAAUGAAAUAUUGUUUGUGAAAGAAGUGGUCUCCAUAAGGGUGUUUCCCGCUGCUCCUCUUUAGCUCCCCUUUAUUUUCUUGUUGAUUCUUUUUACAAGUGGAUUGUCGUGAAAUUCUGUAAUCUUCUUAUUCUGUGAGAAUCUGGCAGAAGAAAACAUAAUCCCAUUACUCUUUAUCAUAAGUGGAGUUAAUGAGUGCUGGGAAAGGUUGCCUAGGAGGGAAGGAUACAAUGUCUUUGAAUAGGUGCCUGACAGAGAGCAUUGCAAACACAGCUCUGCAGUCAACCGGCUGCUUGGAAGGAGGCCACGUUGAGUUUCAGAACAGGUUACCCCACUGAGAGGCUCGUUGGCUGAAGAGUGUGGGGGAAAAUACUUGAACUGAACUAAAAGAAAUUAUAAAUACUACAUCUAAUGGCUGACAUUCAAGAUUCUGGUCUAUAGGCUGUGUACACACCACACCUUUAAAUCAUAUUCAAAACACAUUCUUUCCCUCAAAGAGUUACGCUAAGUGCAAAAUACCCCUCGCAGAGUUGCAAUUCCCAACAACCCUUAACAAACCACAGUGCCCACAGUUCUUCGAGGGAAAGAAUGUGCUUCAAAUGUGCUUUAAAGGUGUAGUGUGUACACAGUGUAAGUUUGUUAUAGCUCCAUAUCUAGUGCUAGGCAGUUGGUAUGGUAGAUAUCAAUAGGGUUUCAUAUAUUUCAGUCACUGAGGAACACCUGCCACCCCAAACAAAGUAAAUGAAGUGCAGUAGAACGAGGCUUUAGUAGACUUACAGAUGGGGAAGAGUCAAAUUGUUGUUGUUGUUGUUUAGUUGUUUAGUUGUGUCCGACUCUUUGUGACCCCAUGGGCCAGAGCACUCAGGCACUCCUGUCUUUCACUGCCUCCCGCAGUUUGGUCAAACUCAUGCUGGUAGCUUCGAGAACACUGUCCAACCAUCUCGUCCUCUGCCGUCCCCUUCUCCUUGUGCCCUCCAUCUUUCCCAACAUCAGGGUCUUUUCCAGGGAGUCUUCUCUUCUCAUGAGGUGGCCAAAGUAUUGGAGCCUCAGCUUCAGGAUCUGUCCUUCCAGUGAGCACUCAGGGCUGAUUUCCUUAAGAAUGGAUAGGUUUGAUCUUCUUGCAGUCCACGGGACUCUCAAGAGUCUCCUCCAGCACCAUAAUUCAAAAGCAUCAAUUCUUUGGCGAUCAGCCUUCUUUAUGGUCCAGCUCUCACUUCCAUACAUCACUACUGGGAAAACCAUAGCUUUAACUAUACGGACCUUUGUUGGCAAGAGUCAAAUUAAUACGUCUAUUUGAGGCAUCAUCUUUUAGCCCAGUGGUCAAGCACGUUUCAUCUUCAUUGAUAUGGGAUGACAUAGACUCGCUUUUCCCUAUUAUACAUUCAAACUGGCAUGGUUUUUAGGAGGAUAAAUUGCCACACAAUCGAGGAUAGCAGAGAAGGGUUAGAGUUCAGGCACUGUUCAAGACAACCUCACUAAGGACAUAAGGAGAGCUCUGCUGGAUCAGACUAAGGCUGAUCUCAUCCAGCAUUCUGUUCUCACCAUGGCCAAGCAGAUGCCAACCAGAAGCCUGCAAGCAGGACCUGAGCACAAGAGUGAACGCCACAGGUGGGAUUCUCAGCAACUCAGAGGGAGAUGACUCUGCUCUAUCAACUAAAUAUCUAGCAGUGGAGGUAGACCACAGCCAUUGCGGUCAGCAGCUGCUGAUAGCCUUAUCCUCCAUGAAUUUGUUUAUUCCUUUUUCAAAGCCCUCCUAGUUGGUGCCCUCUUUGUGGGCUUCCCCUAGCCAUCUGGCUAACCACUUUGAGAACAGGAUACAGGACUAGAUGGACCUUUGUCCCGAUUCUGAAUCUUCCAGCAUCCAACUUCAAUGGACGGCCGUGACUCCUAGUAUCAUGAGAGAUGGAGAAAAACUUGCUUUACGCUUUCUCCAUACCAUGCAAAAUUAUAUGCAUUGUUAUCAUUUUCCCACUUAUAUUUUUUCCAAACUAACCCCCCCCCCCAAAAAGAACAGUAUAACCUUUCCUCAUAGGGGACUUGCUCUUGCACCUUGUUUCAGCACCAUCAUAUACUUCUUGGGAUGCAGUGACUGGAACUAUGCACAGUAUUCCAAGUGUGGCUGCACUCUAGAUUUGUGUUGUCAUUACAAUUUUGGCAGUUUUAUUUUCAAACUUUACCCUCAUGAUCCUUAGGAUGAAAUUCGCCCUUUUCACAGCUGCUGCACACUGGAUCAACAUCUUCAAGCUGUCCACUGUGACCCCAAGGUCUUUUCCCAGUUCAGACCUGAUAAACAUACAUGAGAAAUUAGGAUUUUUAAAAAUUAUUUUUACCCCGGUGUGCAUCUCUUCCUUACAUUGAAUUGCGCUUGCCAUUUUACUUCCCAUUCACUCAGUUUAGAGGGAUCCUUUUGGAGUUCCUUACAACCCCAUUUUUUUUAGCCGCCCUAUUUUAUUUUGUUUUUUUGUAUCAUCAACAAACUUGACUGCCAAAGCCACAUCCCUAAAGCUAUAAAACAAAAUGAAUUGUUAAUCAAAGCAUACAUUAUGGAUUCAAUAUUGAACCAGGUUUGUUUUCCUCAUCUCCCUCCCCUUUGCUUAACAUAUCGGUCUUAAUGAAGGGUUUUGGUGGACUCAAAAGUUUGCUCGCUAUUCUGUGCCAAUUUGAUUGAUCAUAAUAAGGCACUUGGGAAUUUUUCAAAAUAAAAAUGAUAGUUUAACCUUUAACUAUGCAAGUUAACACAGCCCACCCUUUUCUCCACAUGGCUUAUUUGGUGGGUUUCUUUCCCAGAAAAGUUAGUUACGGUAGUUAGUUAGUUACCGUAGUUAUUUGGCGGCGGGGACAUGCAGAGGAUUGGCAAAUACUGUUUCGCAUCUUUGACACAGGCUGGUCUGCUUUAGACUUACAACGAGAGCUGUUUCCCCCCGCCUUUCCACUCUGGAACCCUUAAAAUAUGAGGCCUUUCUUUCUAUCUCUUAUUUGCUAUGAUGAUAGGCAUCCAUUCUUAGCAAUGUAAACACUUCAGUGACUCACAAAAUCACCCUUUUUUCCCUUGGCGGCCAAAAAAGAUCAGAAAAAAGACCCUGGACAAUAUAGCAGUGAACUGUAAGGGAGAUGCAGAAAUCUAAACAGAGACCAUUAUUUGUGGUGUGACACCCCUUUUUGCUUGUACUUAUUUUUGAUUCAGAUUUGUCAUGGCCAAUGGCUAGUACAGUAAAGUUAUUUGGAUUGGAAUAAACAUAAUGAAUGAUACCAGCAGUUUGUGACUUCAUUUUAAAAAAAAAAUGCUUAAAGCAAUUAUGAAUUCUCCCUCUCUCUUUUUAAAAAUCCUACAUUUCUUCAGGUGAACACUGUUUUGAUAGAAGAUGAUCCUCAUACUUCAGAUUUAUUAAAUGGGAGCUCCCUCUAGUGGCAUUUAUUAUUAUACCUCCUUUUGCUAGUGAAUGUGAAUGGCAAACACCACCAAGACUGUAGUCAUAGAAUCAUAGAAUCAUAGAGUUGGAAGAGACCACAAGGGCCAUCGAGUCCAACCCCCUGCCAAGCAGGAAACACCAUCAGAGCACUCCUGACAUAUGGUUGUCAAGCCUCUGCUUAAAGACCUCCAAAGAAGGAGACUCCACCACACCCCUUGGCAGCAAAUUCCACUGUCGAACAGCUCUUACUGUCAUAGACAAAAUGGGCCAUUAUGAAACAAGAGGGAAGCAGCUGCAGGCUUGAGGGAUUCUGAAAGAAUGCAGAGAAAAAGAACUUUAUAAGUUCUCCUCCCUCAAAAAAACAACAGCAGCUCAAUAAAAACUGAGCAAAAUCAAUAGCCAUAGAAUGACAUGACAAAAUAGGACAUCCUGCUUAGAGGGAAUAGCUGGACUGAAAAAUACUAUUUUAGAUAGGAGGAUACACAGCAAAAUUUUGUUGCAGAUUCCACUUGCUGUGCUACUAAUGUGCACCCAUAAUAAUUCUUAGAAAAACGUAGGAACUUUGGAAGCUUCCUUAUGCGGAGUGCUGGUCCAGGUAGGUCAGUAUUGUUUACAAUGACUGGCAAUGGCUCUCCAUGAUUCCGAGCAGGAAAACUGCAACCUGGGACAUUCUGCAUGCAAAGCAGAUGUCCUACCACUGAGUAAUGACCCUUCUCCAAGGAAGAACUUUGUACCAUCUGAAAGCUUGCCUUCCAUAUUUUCAUAUACAUUGGGUCAAUAAAAAUGUAGUCUUACCUGCACUGGUUAUGUGAUAUGAAUAUCCAAGCUAUAUCAAUACAAAUAUCCAAAUACAAAUAUCCAAGCUAUAUCAAUUCAAUUGAGCAAAGUUAAAAUAUCCCCACAAGAAAAGUCAGUGAUCUUCACAGAGCAGUGAAUAUUUUGCAGCUCUGUGAAAGGUAUUUCAUACAUGUAUGUCGUGUUGUUUAUGAUGAUGGGUAAAAAUGCACUAUAUAAUUGUAUAUAAUAAUAACAACAGCAACAUCUAUCUGUAUAGCACUUUUGUGUGUGAGAGAAGGUGUUCAAAGUACAUAAGAUAUUAUUAUUUUAGUAAUCCUUACCCACCACUCUGCAAUGGUGAUAUUAUCUCUAAUGGCGAUAUUAUAUAAAUUGCAGGUGGGCGAAGCACAGAAGUUAGAAGGUAGUUUCAUUUUAACAUUUAACUUUUCGUUGUUGUGAUUCAUUCUCACUCGCUUCUAGUGUCACCCUGUGUUCCAGGGCUAUCCAACACGAUGCCCCUCAGAUGUUGCUGGCUUACAAUUCCCAUCAGCCCCAGCCAGCAUAGCCAAUCAUCAGGGUUGAUGGGAGUUGUAGUCCUCACAUGGGCUACCCAAGAUUAUUUUUUUUGAACAACCAUUGAAUGUUAUCCUGAACAGCCUGCCUCUUCUCCCCAUGUCAGCUUAAAAGCUGCUUUGUUACUUCUUCUCAGGGACUGGGCAGAGGAGGAAUGGUGAAGACCAGCUCCCUGUCCUGACCCUUCCAGGGAGGGGGAAGAGGAAGACAAUAUAGAUUUACAACAGGGAUUGGAGGGAGAUAGCAGCUCAGAGGCAGAUGAGGGGGAAAGAUGGGAAAUCAUGGGAGAGCUGGAACAACUCUCAGCUGAUACAUUGUCAUUAGAAAGCAUUCCAGACCCUCUAUCUCCCAGAACCCAGAGAGCCUUAACAGAAGGAGAGCAAAGAGCUCAAAGACAGAAGGCAUGUAGCAACACCCAUAGAAGAGACGAUGAGAAUGACGAAUGAGGAAGUGGGAGAGAAGGGGGGGUGGAGAUUCACUUGGGACAAUGCUGUUAUCCGAGAGGCUGCCUCUCUCUGUAAAGAUUGAAAUAAAAAAGGACGGUAAGAAACUUUCCCUUGUCUUUAUACUUUCCUGGGCAACCAGCCGGGAGCCACUGACAGCAUCCUGACAUUUCUUCAGCAUUGUGCACCAAUUGUUGGGUUCAGUGGUACUGUGGACAACCAAAGAACUAUGAUAAUUCAUCUGAAAGCAAAUAAAUUUUACUGAUGUAAUAAACUUGCACUUCCAGAUACCUGUCCAGUAAACCUGGCUGCAAUUAAGAAUGCCACAUGCAAGCCUGGCUUAAAAAAGACUGAACUCUCCAACUACUUCUACGUUUUCCUGCUGGGACAGCUGAUAAUGGGAGCAGGUGGGACUCCUCUUUACACACUGGGAACAGCUUUCAUCGAUGACAGUGUCCCCAAGCACAAGUCUUCAGUCUACAUAGGUAAGCUUAGCUGAAAUUUAUUUCAAGAAAUGUCCAUUUAUAUUGAUUAUCCAUCCAUAUUUGGAAGAAUGUCCAUAGUACCUCUUGUGCCUUCUGUUUGUUUACUUACAAUUGUAUACAUGCCUACAAGAGACGUAAGCCCUGCUGAGUCCAAUGGGAGUCCAGUGUGUGCAGAACUGCAAGAGGUUGAACAUACGCUAAAAAAAACAAAAUGGCAUAGUGGUUAGAAAGCUGGACUAGGACCUGGAUUCAAAUCCCCACUUGGCCAUGAAGCUCAUUUUACCUACGGGACCACCUCUCCCGGUAUGCCCCACGGAGAGCCUCAAGGUCCAUAAAUAGCAACACCCUAGUGGUCCUGGGCCCUAAGGAAGUUAGAUUAGUUUCAACCAGAGCCAGGGCCUUUUCAACACUGGCUCCGGACUGGUGGAACGCUCUGCCUCAUGAGACCAGGGCCCUGCAGGAUCUGAUUUCUUUCCGCAGGGCCUGUAAGACAGAGUUGUUCCACCUGGCCUUUGGCUUGGAGCCAAUUUGAUUCCCUCCCCCUCUUUCUUUUUCCUAUUUCCUUUCUCCUCCUGUGAUGAGGCUGCAUUUUAAUAUUUUGAUGUUUCAAUAUAAUAAUAAUUUAAUUUAAUUGCAUUAGCAUACAGCCAUAGCAAAAUAAGACAAUACAAAAAAUGUUGGGGACAAGCAACCAAGCAAAAUUCAAAGCGAUAUUGCUGGCGUAAUGACAUUUAAAACACCCUAAGACAAUAAUACAAAGAUUUGGUUGCCAGCACCAAAAAAACUAGUAUGCGGAUAUAAAUAAAGCAUAAAAUGGCCCCAAAAUAGGCUCAGCACGUUGAGUUAAAAAAGGUAAUAAAAGAAUUAAACAGGUCCAGGACUAGGGCACACUACCCUGUCAGAGUAGCCCUGAGUUUCAGAGCCUGCACUGUGAAGAUUGCCACCCCACGUGAAAUUUGGGGAUUUGCGUCCACAAGAAGUGCUUUCAGACAGUCUUCCUUAGAUGAAAUGGAGGACGGGAUCAAGAGGAGGAGCUUAGGUCUUAUUGGGUCAUAAAUAGGGCAGUAGAAAAAGAAAUGUAUGAAGUCCUCUACUUCAUUCAUUGUGCAUGGACAUAGACGCUGAGUAAUAGGGGUCUUAGAGUAGGUCCCCUGCAAGAAGGCCGUGGGUAUAGAAUGAAAACGGGCCAUUGUAAACGCUCUUCUCAGAUUGGGCUCCGUCAGGUCUAUCAAGUAGUUGGCAAGUGAUCUUACCACUUUCACUUUAGGGAGCCACAUGGAGAGGCGAGCUGAGGUGGACUGUGCCCGGUCCAUGGCCUCAUCUCUUAUAAGAAUCCAGUCCCGGAUUUUAUGUUGGUCCCAAGAUGACAACGUGUCGAAUUCUGGGAGGGAGUAGCGUACAGUAAUAGUCUCCAUGGCCUUGGACCAUUUGUUGGAGUGAGAACAAGUUGAAAAGGCUUGCCUGGCUAGUAGGGAACCUGGGGCAUUAAUUAAUUUGCAAUAAAAACUAAUAAUUCUAAUGUGGGCUCUCGCAACAAUGGAGGGGAGGCCCAGUUCUGUUCUUAACUGAGCAGCAACCGAGCCCUUGGGGAGACCCAGUAUCUUUCGUGCAAAAGAGUUUUGUAGAAUCUCCAGCCGUUGUAGUGUUUUUAAAUUCCACCCCCAGAUUUCAACCCCAUACAGUAACAUCGGGAGGACUUUGCUAAUAAAUGCUUUUCUGAUUGGUGGAACCAACUGGCCGCCUUUUGCAUAGAAGAAUUUCUCCAAGGCUUUGAUGGUUCUACGGGCAGCCAGGAUGGUCGUAUUUAGGUGAGCUGACCAGCUAAGCCCAUGCUGAAAAGUGAUUCCCAAAUACUUGAAAGCUGAGCAAUAUUCAAUAGAGUGGCCCUCAAAGUUCCAGAAUGACUUCCGAGUUUUCGUGCCAAAAGUAAGAAUUUUGGUUUUGGCGAAAUUGAUUUUGAGGGAAUUGGUAUCACAAUAUGUCAUGAGCCCUCUGAGCAUGUUGUUUAAGCCCUGCUUGGUUAAAGACAGUAUCACCAUGUCGUCCGCAUAGAGUAAUAUGGGGAUCUUGAGCUGUUGUAGAGAGGGGGCAGAUUGAUUUAGGGCCUGCAUAGUUGUAACGAUGUCGUUGAUAUAGAAAUUGAAUAGAAAAGGGGCCAAGAGGCAGCCCUGUUUGACCCCUUUAUUCAGAGGGAAAGGAUCAGAAAGAGCUCCCAGGGGGCCGAAUUUUACUCUGGCCGAUAUGUCAUUAUGAAUUUCCAUAAGAAGAAGGAGGAGUCUCUUAUCUAUGUUGGUGUAACUAAGCUUCUGCCAUAGCCUAUCUCUGGGAAUGGAGUCAAAAGCGGCGGUCAGGUCCACAAAAGCCGCGUGUAGUUUGCAGUUAAACCUGUUUAGGUAUUUAUCAAUCAGGGUAAAUAGAACAAGACAUUGGCCAGAUGUACUGUGACCUUUACGGAAGCCAGCCUGUUCCGAGUGGAAUAGCUUUGUUUCUUCUGCCCACUCGAUUAAUUUCUCUAGCAAGAAUCUAGAGUAAACCUUGUAUGAUAUGUCUAGCAGGCUGAUGGGUCGAUAGUUACGCGGAUCUUGUGGGUCCCCCUUUUUAUGUAUUGGGAUGACUAUGCUCUGUUUCCAAUUUGGCGGGAUCUUAAGAGUGGCAUUAAUAGUGGUAAAGAGAGAUGCAAAAAUAGGGGCCCACCACAUCUGGUUCAAUAAGAAUACCUCGGGUGUUUCAAUAUUUUAAUGUUGUAUUUUAAUCUUGUUUUUAAGUUGUAUUCAUUCAACUUGUUUUUAUUAUUGCUUGUUAGCCGCCCUGAGCCUGGCCUUGGCUGGGGAGGGCGGGGUAUAAAUUAUUAUUAUUAUUAUUAUUAUUAUUAUUAUUUAGAUGCCCUUUUGCGAGGAUAAAAUGGGGGGGGGAAGGGAGAACCAGGUAUACCACCUUCAGCUCCUUGGAGGAAAGAUGGCGUGUAAAUGUCAUAAUGGAUAAAAAUAAAUAAGUUGAAUAUAUGUGGGGCUCGCCCCUGGGAUCAGCUCCAGUCUCCUGCAUAUUUACUCUGCGUGCUUUCAGUGGGCUUCUGUCGAAUCUAGAAGUGAUCAACCUGUUUUGGCAUCUAGGCUAAAUGCAUACUAUUAUCUUAUAUUUCUACUCUGCAGGAAUUGGUUAUGGCAUGUCAUUGAUGGGUCCAGCUAUCGGUUAUGUAUUAGGAGGACAGCUGCUUAACAUUUAUGUUGAUUUCCAUCGUCACCCAAGGCAAGGAGGUUUUUUCCCCUUCUUUUUUCCUUUUACUUCCAUAGUGUUACCCUAGAAUUCCAUUACCCCCCCCCCAACAACAGUUACUAAACUUUGCAUUUUAGCUUUAUGCCAAACAGAUAAAAAAUAUACCCACUGGAUGUUGAACUGGACUUGGGGGACUGGCGUUAGGAUGUCAGAACAACCACAGAGUUAAGAGGCAUUUUCUUAGUUAACUUACUGUUUAUUUGCUUUUGAUCAAUGAAGUAGAAAAAUAAAACUUAGUUAGUGAACCAGAACUGUAAAAGAUAGUAAUUUCCCCAGCUGGUGAGGCAGCAGUACCCUUGUUUAUAUAAUUGUUAUUACGUUGGAUCAUAAAGGGCUCAGUAUGUGAUGAAUGAGCCGGAGGUGUAUAAUUUAUCUUGCAGAAUAGCCUGGCAGAAUGUACUGGAAAGUGACUCAGCUAAUCAUGUCUGUAUUAAAACUGUGUUUGCUAAAUUACUAUCUUUCUAGACAUGACAUCACUCCAGAAGAUCCACGUUGGGUUGGAGCUUGGUGGGUAGCGUUUGUUGCAUGCAGUUUCUCUACGUGCCUUUUGGUAGCACCGUUUUCAUAUUUCCCAAAGCAAUUGCCAGGUAAACACAUUUUCUGAAGCAGGAGAGAAGUGCCAUCCUGAGUGGUUAGGGCCUCAAAUAUCUAGUUGGAAGCUCUAAGGUUCUAGUAUGAAAGGGGCUUGAAAUAUAUACCCUGCCUUGGCCUAAACAUGGCUCCAGUGCUCCUGUUUUAUGGUGACCUAGAUUUUGUGAGGUGCUUGAGAAUCAUUGCGUUAGUUGUUUUAGCCCUCGUAGCCAUCAACGGAGAGAUCACAGUUAUGUCUGCCCACUUGCACAUGAGAAAUUGCACUAGUGCAACGGGUUUUUCCUUCUGCCUUCCAAUGCCUUGCCCCCUCAAAUCUGCUCCAGAAUAUUCCCUUACCCUCCAGAGUAGAUGUGGCAGUCCUUUGUGGGCUGAAGGUGGAGAGGAGGACCAAGAAGUCCCAUUGUGCUAGCUCUUUUUUUUUUUAAAUGAUAUUUAUAAAAAUUUCAGAAACAAAAAAUUACAUAGUUAAAGAGAAAAGAAACAAGAAAAAAAAUAAAAAAGAGAAAAAACAUACAAAAUACAAAGUACAGGGAAAAAGUAAAAAAACACUUAAAAACAAAUUAAUCCUUCCGUAUCUUACAUUUCAUUUCCUUGCUUCCCUGACCUCCUCUCACCUCCCUUUUUUGUAUUCCAGUUCAAUUGGUUAAUUCAGCAAUUCCUUUCCCUCUUUGUUUUUGUCUUAGUCCUUUAACUUAAUAUAUUAUAGCUUUAGAUUCUCACCUAUUAAUAAUCCAUUUUUACAUACACCUUUAUGACAUUGCUGCUAAAACCGCUUAACUUCAUUCUGACAUCAUUCUAACAUUCAUCCAUUGUGCUAGCUCAUGCUAUGUUGCUUUCCCCUAGGCUUAUCCGACAAGUAAUAUUACUGAAGUAUUGAAAGCAGCAUGCACACGCACACACAUAUGAAAGCAGGGAUCCCAGCAGAAUCAUGAAGCCACCAUUUUUCAUUAUUUGAUAGAGGCAGAUAUAAAUCUGAGACUUCUAUGUCGUUUACCUGCACUGCUCUACUUUAAUCAUCCGUUGGGGAUUUGGAUUCAUUCAUAUAUUUGUAUGCAUGUGUAAAACAAACAAGAACUGCCACAAUCUAGCAUUUUUAGUUACUGGUAGCUAGAAUGCCCAAUAUUUAGAAAUCACUUGGAUGUCUUAUAAAAUAAUUUUAAAAACCCAUAAUUAUGAGAGAAACAUAGCUCUUCCUUGCACAUUGGCUAAGAAGGUAUGGAGGCCAGGUGCAGAUGAGCUAUAAAACUGAAUCUGUUUUAGGGAUCAGAUUUUACCUUUAGAAAGAUAAAAAGGUAUAAAGGAAGAAACUUUUCUCAAACACCUGGGCUAUAAUUAUCUUGGCCAGGUGGACCCCAAGACCUUGUUUGCAGGAAAACUGUCAUCUUACUCUAACUUAUCUCAGAAAAUGGCCACAAGCUUAUGUCUCUCAGAAAAAAAUACCAAGUCCCCUCAUGAAUCCCUGCAGUUGUGCUGAUAGGGUGGGACUUUGGGGCAGAAGUCCAGGGCCCCACUUAGCAGAAUGAGGCGGUGGUCCCCCAAUGCAGCAUGGAACUGGCUUUUCCUGUUUUGAUCCAAGGUUGUAAUCCUUUGCCCAGUUUCCUGGCUAGGCCACUGGGGAAGUUCCCUCUGAUGCAUAAAGAGAUUGUCUUUUUUCUUUUUUCUUUUUUCAAGCAUGGGUGGAAUCCUAAUCCUCAAAUUGGGUGAAGUGAUACAUCACCCAGUUCUGAUGCAGCAGCAAAUUCAGGGUAGAAGGGCUUGGUGGAAGUCUCUGUCCAUAAGCCAUGCGUGGGGCAUAUGGGCCAUAGAGCUUCCAGCAGCGGCCUUAGGACAGCUACCUCCGUAGAUUGGCAUCUUGGGGAGGCCAUAACCUUGGAAUGACCCGCAGGAGGCUGAAAUGGAUAUACAGCCAAUGCCUGAGCCAAUGAUCCACCUACACCUGUAAUCAAUAAAGUUGUGGCCAUUUUCAACCCAAUUAGUUGUCUGCCUGAGCCUGUUCUGCCACAGGUUAUCUUGUUGCUGACAGGCGAGGGGGUGGGGAUGGCUUUGUGACUUGGCCCGCAAGAGAUUUUCUUCUUUUCUUCUUUUAAAAAGCAGAGCUGUCUUUUAAAUGUCCUGGCUGUGCUUUUUAAAUAGACAAACCAGACCGAAUAUGAGCCAAUCCCUAUCAGCCACACUUGUCAGGAAGGAAGGCUUGUGUGAGUCAAUUAGAGAUGUUGAAAAAGAAAUUAAAUGUGCUGAGUUUUUCACACCAGAGAUGGAUAAGCGUGUCGGACUCCUUAUAACUGUUUAUACUUAACAGCACAUGUUCAACAGUGUGGGGGAGGAGGGAAACAGACUCCAGUUCACAAAGGAAUCACAUACACACAUGCGCCCAUCCAAGCAAACUGGCUGACUCCAAAUGGUCCCAGAUAUGGAGCUUUGUGAAGUUAAUUUGUCAAACAUUAAAAACAGCAGCUUAUUUCCUUGUGAUUUCUGUUCUCUAGUGCCAGGUACAGCUGUUAAUCAUGCCUUUCUGUAUAUAUAUAUAUAUAUAUAUAUAUAUAUAUAUAUACACUUGAUGAGCUUUCUCUCCCACCGCCUCAGGUACGCACAAAAUACGAGCUGAAAAGAUUUCUGAAGCACAUCAUGGUGGAGCUGACGUUCAGUCUGAAUAUGGUGGGAGGAGUCUCAGAGACUUUCUGCUGACACUCUGGGUAAUUAUAAGCAAGGAAUCUAGAACAGUUUCCUCAGAUUCAUGUCAUUGCCUAUCUGUGUGCUUGGAGUGCUAAUAACACUUCCAUAGACAACAUGACCCUGUUCUCAUGUUUCAUUUCUGGUUGGGUGCUAGGUAAGAUUGGCUGCCUGAUCACGUUAUUUAAUUCAGAACUUUUGGUAAAUGGGACAAAGUAAAAAACAGAAUUAUAACCCCAAAGCAAAGGACAAAUGCUUUAAUUAGGAAUAAUACAGUUUAUCAACACAUACAGUUUUUUUAAAGCAACAACACCCACAUGUAAAUCUGCUUAUCAAUGCACAGUCACUGAUUAUUAUCUCUCAGAAUUGUUUUGUGUCCACCUCUUCCCCUAAGCCCAGGUUACACAUGACAUGAAUGCAAUUGACAUGCACAGUUUGAAAAAUGUAAAUAGUAGCUUCAGGGGGAUUGCAAGCUGAGAGUUUAACCAUUCUCUCCCUGCCAUGGCCUGAACAGAAAUCCCUGCUUGGAAACUGCCGUUUGCAACAGAAGGGAAGCCUGCGUUUAGGCCAGUGGCACCCCAGGCUUAGACCAUCUCAAAGUGACAUUAUUUUUAAUCCCUCCCCAAAUAAUGUAAGAAGGAGGCAGAACUGACUUAAAAAAUGAACACAUUACAAAAGUGCUGCAAACCAGAAUUAGACUUACCCAUCCAUUCCUAAUAAUAGUUUUGUGACAAAAAUCCAUAUCAGUUCCAAUAUUUGCAUUAUCAAACUUGUUAACUGCGAAAAUAUAAGCAAAUGUCAGAAGUCACAAAAUAAUUCCUCUCCUUUUUUUCCUAGUUGCUUCUGAGGAACCCAGUGCUGAUGUGUCUUGUAUUCGCCGCCUCAAUGGAAGCCUGUGUUGCCACUGGCUUUGCAACUUUCUUGCCCAAAUUUAUAGAAAACCAGUUUGGAUAUACAUCUAGCUAUUCAGCCACCUUAGGGGGUAAUGUAUUUUUCUUAUCUGUUUUACAGAAUAUGCUCUUAACCUGUUUACUGCUUGAGUUUAAUAACAAGAGCAGAGUAAAACUGGAUUAGUAAUACAAAGUCUGCAGUACUAAACAGGUUUACUGGGGAAUAUGGUCCACUGAACCCUGUGAGGCUUAUUUCUGUGCAAAUAUGUUUUCCUAGUGCAUGGCUAAGAACAGACCCUCAAAGUGUCCCUAUUUUCUAGGAACAGUCCCGGAAUUACAGAAGCCAUCCCAGUUUCUGAUUUGACCCCCAAAGGCCCUGCUUUUCCUGCAUAGGAAGUCCCUAUUUUCAUUGGAGAAAUGUUGGAGGGGGAUGUAAGAAUCAGCUAGGAACUGAGCUAAUGUCUCUUGGCCUGCACACUGAUCCCUUUGAGAGGAAUCAGGGAAACUAGCCCCAAUGACUGUUUAUAUCUCUAUGUCAGAGACAGUAUUUCUGAAUGUUGAUUGCUGGGAAUCACUAUUGGGAAGAAUGCUUACAGGAUCCCCUGGGCAUGGCCACCUGGAAAACAAGAUGCUAGACUUUGACAGCCUUUGGCCUGAUCAGGGAAGAAUGUUCUUAUAUUCUUAAGCAGUAUGAAACUCCUGUUGGCUAGAUCUUUAUUUAGUUGCUUCUGCAUUAGCCCUGGGUAUGUCAGACACUGGUCUCGACUACGUGGUUAUUUCAGAUAUUUCUAAACUGAGGAAAAAUGUCCUCCUCAGAUUUGCUUCCCCACACAGAAACAGUGAAUUGGAAAAGGGGACAUACCAUCUUUUUGUGUUGGUGUGGGAAAGCUUUUCUGAACAUUUUAGGGUGGUAACAAAUUGGUGGUAGCAGUAGCUUUUAAGAAGUCAUCUUUUUCCUACUUUCCAUGUGUGUGACCACAAUUCUGUCCCCUGCCCCAAAUGUGAAGAGACAUUUCCAGAAUAUGUUUGUGUGGCUCUUAGAAUGAGGCUGUACCAUAAAGAGGCUUUACUGGAGACACAGCUUGAGUUGGCAUGUUUUUAAAAAAGGGAGCCUACUUAGUGUAACAUGUAGUUUGGCACUGAGAGAGCAUGCUAGCCAGAAGAGAAGGUGCAGUUGAGAUCAAAGAUAUAUAACGUUUGGCUCUCUCUGUGUGGCAUUAGAUUCAUGCAUAACAGUGCAGUUAGGUUCAAUGGCCCUGUGAUGUGCAGCAAAAGUUGACUGGCAAGCCACAUGGGUACAAAAUCAAAAUGAUUUGAAGCAUGUGGUAAGAUGGAUUUUGGAGUUGCAAGCUAGGGUGGUGCAGUGGUUAGAGUGCUGAACUAGGACCUAGGAGAGACACAAGCUCAAAUCCCCACUCAACUGUGAAACUCAUUUGGUGACCUUCUGCCUCUCAGUUGAAUCUACCUCACAGGGUUGCUGUGACAAUACGGGGAAGGGGGAAGAUCGUGCACACUACCUUGAGUUUCUUGAAGGAAAUGGUGGGAUAUAAAUAUUAUAACAAUAAAUAAACUGAUUUAACUGUUGUUUAGAUAUUAUUUAACAUUCAAUAUAUAUAUUCUUAAGCCCUUUUUGUGUGUUAUAGUCAUGUAGGUCUUUCAUGGGUAGAAAGGGAAAUGAGGCCUAGCCUUGCCUCAACAUGAUGCACUUCAUGAGUCCUGCCUCCUUGAUGUUGGUAUCUGUGCACCAUGUUGGGGUAGGAUUAGCAUUAUAACCCACUUUUGCUUCUAUCUGUGAAAGUUUUAUGUGCAUGUACCAUUUCUAUAUGUUCACUGUUUUAUAUUUUCUGGAACUAUUGAUGACUGCUAUUAUUAACAAUAAAUGUUAAUUCAAUAUCUGUUGUCACCUUGUUUUCCCGCAGGACUUGUGUUGGUCCCAGGAGCAGCAAUAGGUCAAAUCAUAAGUGGUAUCUUAGUUUCCAAGCUCAAACUAAAUUGCAAAAGCAUACUCAAGUUCAUUGUCCUUACUUGUUCAGUGGCGCUUGGAUUCAAUAUGGUCUUUUUAAUUGCUAUAUGUGGGAAUACACCAUUUGCGGGUGUCUCAGAAGAUUAUAAUGGGUAAGUAUUUGUUCAAAAGAACAACAAUGAGAUGGGCCUGACUAUGUGUAUUUCAGUGUAUACUGUGUGUAUACUACUGAUGACAAUGCUCAGAGGAUGACCUCCAAACCAUCUUAAAUAUAUUUGCAGAAGCUUACAAAAAGUUUGGCCUAUCGCUCAACAUCCAAACAUCCAAAGUGCUGCACCAGCAAGUACAAAAUAACCCCUCUGCAGUGCCACAAAUCCAACUCAAUGGUGUAAUGUUAGAAAAUGUCCAUCACUUUUAAUUGGGCUGUUAUCUUUACACAAGGGCCAACAUUUAUGCCAAAAUCCAGCAUUGCCUGAGCUCUGCGAGUGCGGCUUUCUUCCGAUUGAAGUGCAGAGUGUUUGAGGACCAGGACAUUCGAAGGGAAACCAAAAUGCUUGUUUACAAAGCUAUUGUACUACCAACCUUACUGUAUGCUUGUGAAACAUGGACCAUUUAUAAACGCCUUCUCCAGCUCCUUGAGAGAUUCGAUCAAUGGUGUCUCUGAAAAAUUUUACACAUCACUUGGGAAGCCAGGUGGACUAAUACCAGUGUACUGGAAGAAGCAAAGAUCACCAGUGUUGAAGCAAUGAUUUGUCAACAUCAACUUCGUUGGACUGGUCAUGUUGUGUGGGUGCCUGAUUAUCAUCUUCCAAAGCAACUACUCUAUUCCGAACUUAAAAAUGGAAAGCGUAAUGCUGGUGGUCAACAAAAGAGGUUUAAAGACUGUCUCAAGGCAAAUCUAAAAAAAUGUAGUAUGAACACCAACAAUUGGGAAAAACUUGCCUGCAAGCGCUCCAGUUGAAGAACAGCCUUUACCAAAGGUGUCAUGGGCUUUGAAGACACUUCAACUCAGGACGCAAGGGGGAAAUGUGCUAAGAGGAAGGCAUGCUUGGCAAAUCCACACUGUGAUCAAUUCCCUCCCGGAAACCUAUGUCCCCACUGUGGAAGAAUGUGUGGGAUCCAGAAUUGGCCUUCACAGUCACUUACGGACUCAUUGUUAAAACCAUGUUUAUGGAAGACAAUCUUACUCGGCUAUGAGUGAUUGCCAAAGAAGAAGAAGAAUACUGCUAUGAGAACAAAAAUCCAAUGCAGCUAGUUCUUGAGGGUUAGGUGUUCUGAGCCUAAUUAUGCAUGUAUCCCUUGAUAGCUAAUCGGGGCUGUCACAACACACAGUGGGAUUCAUGAGCAGUUCAUUAGUCCUGUCACAUUUGACGGAGCUUAUCAUCUAUUAGUCAGUACAUAGCGGGGGCUUAUCCAAUAUAACAACACAAAGGCAGCUUUCUGUUCAUGUUCUCUAGAUUGGAGCAAUGGAUUUUGAUAUGAUUCUGGCUUCUAGACUGAAGAUUGUGAUAACUAUUAACUAUUGACAAAUAUCUCCUUUUGGGACAAGGAAUACUAGAAAGUGGUGGUAGUCUUACCCCAAGUGUGAUCGGAUGAAAUGGACUUUCUGGACCCAUUUCAGUCAACACCAUGGUCUAGCGUUGAAACAGCCUUGGUUCUGAUGGAUGACUUUGUUAGAAGAGAGGCGGAAGGAAGGUGACCCUACUGAUUUCCCUUCUCGGUGGCUUUUGAAACUGUCAGCCAUGGUAUCUUACUGGACCAGUGCUGUGCGCUGGGAACCCUCCUGCCUGGAGCUUUGGUUCACUGCACUGUUUAGACACCUACUGAAAACCUCUCUCCCCAGGCACAUGAUUUAGUUAACAUUUGUUUUAAUUAUAUUAAUUAUUUUCUCUUUGUUCUUAAUGAUGGUUUUAUGUAUAUUUAUUUUUAACCGGUUUGUGUCUUUUAGCCAUGUUUUAUAUAUAAUUUGAUCUGUGCACCAUUUGGAGAUUUUUUUCUCUUUUUUUGAGCAAGCAAAAAUUUCCUAGAUAAAAUUGUAAAUAAAUAAGUAUCUUGGGGGGACUUCUUCUCCAUACUAUGUGCUGUGUAAUCCCACAAGGUCCCACCUUGUCCUCUAUCCUCUUUAAGUCCUCAGAGGGUUUGGAGUGAAAGGUCCACCAUCUUGUUUGGAGAACAUCCAGGUUCAUUCUCUGGUAUAUCUAAUUUUAAAAGAACUUACACCUUUCCUUUAUUUCAGAUUUUAAAACUGUUUGCAUGGUUUUUGUCGUAUGAUUUUGGGUUUAACUUUCGGAAACCGCUAUGAUAUUUGUUUGAAACCAGGCAUAUAAAUAUUUUGAUAAAUAUCAUGUCUGCGUGCAGGAUUCCUGACAGCACUUGGCUGGCCACAGUGGGAAACACAAGGCAAGACUAGUUUAGAUUUUGGUCUGAUCCUGUAGAGAUCUUAUGUUCUUACUCUUUAAUUGUUCAGAAUAUGUUCUUAGGAGAUACCAAAAGCUGCAUAUGCUUAGCUCAUUUGACUUUUAUCUCUCUGUUUCAGGACAGGCACAUUAUCAAACUUAACUGCGCCUUGCAACUCCCACUGUAGAUGCUUGCGUUCAAACUAUUUACCAGUCUGUGGCACAAAUGGAGUCCAGUAUUUUUCUGCAUGUUAUGCAGGAUGUACCUCUGCUGUUACUAUUCAAGACGGUUCAAAGGUAUUGCCAUUUUAUAUCAUGGGUUGACAAUGCAGAAUUUACCUUAGGUCUAAAGGGUGGCAAAAUGAAUUUGGCUGGCAGGCAGGAUCCUAAUUUUCCCUAUCCCCUGCAGGACAGACCUGUCAAUCACCUGAUGCCACCUGCCAAUCACCUGACAAAUCUGCCAGUCACCUGAUAACACCCGACAGCUUCAAAGGGGCUUGCUCUGAUAGGGAACUAAGAAUGAAUCAUAGAAUCAUAGAGUUGGAAGAGACCACAAGGGCCAUCGAGUCCAACCCCCUGCCAAGCAAUGAGCCCCUUUGAAGGUGCACUGUCAGCUGAUUGGCAAUGAAGACACAUAUUCAAAGGGACUCGUUGUAGCUGCUGAUCAGCUGAUAACACUGGUUAAAGUCUAUUUGGAGACAUAGUCUGCAAUCAAACCACACUUGCAAGUGAACAGCUUGGGGCUCACUGUCACUGCAGAUCAGCUGAUUGGAUGCUGCACUGAGCCACUUUGAAUGUGCACUGUCAACACCAGUCCGCUGACUAGUGCUGCUAAGCAAGCCCUGCUUUCCAAGGUACCAUCAGGAGCAUACUUUAAGCUUCCAGUUGUUCCACUGCAGCCAUGCCUUUGCCUACCCCGCACCUCAAGCCACAUAUGACAUUUGUGUGGUGCAGGUGAGUGUGGUUUGUAGAAAACAGCUUCUCAGGCCAGAUUUGGCCCACUGGUCUGCCUCUGAGUUCUGGGUGCUAAAAGUGUUUACAGUGGUACCUCUGGUUAUGAACUUAAUUCAUUCCGGAGGUCUGUUCUUAACCUGAAACCAUUCUUAACUUGAGGUACCACUUUAGCUAAUAGGCUCCUGCUGCUGUGCGAUUUCUCUUCUCAUCCUGAGGUAAAGUUCUUAACCCGAGGUACUACUUCUGGGUUAGCAGAGUCUGUAACCCGAAGUGUUUGUAACCUGAGGUUUUUGUAACCUGAGGUACCGCUGUAUUUAGCAAACGUGUCCUUUUCAAACAUAUAUUAAUUCAUUAAUUUACUUAAUUAUUAUUAUUAGCAUUUGUACAACACUUGUAUGAAUAGCAUACAAGAGAAGUUAUUUUCUCAACACAAAUUUAUUAAGGCAUGUUUUGGGGGUUGGUCUGGUAAUCUGAACUCUUCAGUUCAGAUAGAUCUUGAUUCUUCCAUGCUCAUCACUACAUAAAAUAUUUUCAUAUGAUGGCAUGGCAGGAUGGGAUGUGGGGCUAGUCCACUCAUGCAUGCUUCUCUAUGCCUCAUGUUUGUCACUAUGGUGAUAGUUUUCAACUAAAGAAGGGAUCUGCUCCUCCACACAGCAAGAUAGUUCUCAUUACAGUGGUACCUCGGGUUAUGAACUUAAUUCGUUCUGGAAGUCCGUUCUUAACCGAAAGCGUUCUUAACCCGAGGCGUGCAUUCCCUACAUAGGCCUCCCACGGCUCAGGAAGCAGAUUGCGUUUGUAUCCUGGGGUAAAGUUCGCAACCCGGGAGACCUACUUCUGGGUUUGUGGAGUUCGUAACCCAAAGCGUUCGUAAGCAGGACUGUUCGUAACCCGAGGUACCACUGUAUUACUUGUAUCAUAAGGCAAAUUAACUUAAGGAAGUUCCUAGAAGGAAAGUUUGCCAUCCUCCUCAUAUCCCCUACCUAUGUCCCCACUCCCUAAAGAGUGAGAAGCCAUCUUGAACAAUGUUGGGUUGGGCAUGGGGGGAUGCUGGGGACCAGGGAACUUUCCUUCCUGUGAGCUUCCUUACACGGACAUUCUUAGGUUCUAAGCCUGAUUUCCUCCUCCACCAGCCCUAUGUCCAGGGUAGUGCUCCAGGUGCAUUGUAGAAGGUGUGGGUCGACUUCAUGGUCCUCCCUUUCCUGUUGAAAUGAAGGCAGUUCCAUAGAAACAUCUUCUCUGUUUCUGCUGUAAUUGGUUAAGCACUUUGUUAUUCAAUAUUGCUAAUAUUGGAAAUAGUGAUUACUUCAUUUGGUGUGCUCAUAUUUGUAUAUAUGUACUGUUUAUAGGUCUUCACCAACUGUGACUGUGUUGUGAAUCCCAAAUCUUCCACUGAGAAUAUCAUCUAUGGGGCUACCCCUGGGAAAUGUGCAUCAAACUGUUCAUCCCUGCCUCUGUUCCUUGGCUUCUUCUUCUUCACUAUUGUUUUUACGUUCAUGGCAGUGACACCAACAACAGUGGCCAUUCUAAGGUAAAUUUUGUUUCUAUCCUACUUACUGAUCACUGCAAAAUGCUAUAAAUUUCCUCUCUAAUUUUUUUAAAUAAAUAAAUAAAUAAAUAAAUAAAUAAAUAAAUAAAUACCACUCAUUCUUUUUACCCCUCUCUGUCUUCCUUCUCUAGCACAAUUCAGAAAGGAACAGAGGGUUACAUCCAACUAAGUUAUACUCAGAGUAGACACAUUGGAAUCAACACAGCUAAGUUAGACAUGCCCAUUCAUUUCAAUGGGCAGUGUUUAGCUGAAUAAAUGUGUGAACAGAAUGAUUUCUGCUUGUCCAAUGGGACUUUCCCUGCUCUCCUCCUCAUGUGUGCUUCCUAUUCUCCACAAACCCAUUCUGAAACAUUGGGGAAACCCCCCAGGACAUUGUGUGUGUGUGGGGGGGGUUAUCCUGUUGUGUAAGUGGAAUUACUUCCAUUUGCACAAAGUGCUACUCAGUGCUAAUAAGUCUACUCUGAGCAUGACUAACUUUGGAUACAAUCCAGAGAUAUUCCGGGUAGAGGUGAAGGAUAUUGACUAUGUUGUAACUUUAUUUAACUUCCUUUUAAAUGAUGUUAAGAGGGAGGAAGUGUCAUACAUUACGUGACUAAUGUGUGUUUUAGUGGAGUGGUCAUCUGUAAAAUUGUUUAUGAAUAUAACUAGCAGUAUGGUUGAUGUCUAUAGAUGAUGAAGUACAGGUAACACGCAACUUAUGUGGAUUUAGAUUUAUGAAUAUAUAUUCCAUAUAUAUACCAUAUAUAUAUAUAUAUAUAUAUAUAUAUAUAUAUAUAUAUAUAUACCAUAUAUAUAUAUGGUAAAAGGGACACGGGUGGCGCUGUGGUCUAAGCCUCUUGGGCUUGCUGAUCAGAAGGUUGGCGGUUCGAAUCCCCACAAUGGAGUGAGCUCCCGUUGCUCUUUGCCAGCUCCUGCCAACUUAGCCAUUCGAAAGCGUGCCAAGUGCAAGUAGAUAAAUAGGUACCACUGUGGCGGGAAGGUAAACAGUGUUUCUGUGUGCUCUGUUUUCCGUCACUGUCGGCCUGAAAGUGAGAUGAGCACCACAACCCCAUAGUCGCCAUGGGGUCCUUUACCUUUUAUAUAUAUAUAUAUAUAUAUAUAUAUAUAUAUAUAUGGUAAAUGGGGUGGAAAUGGAGUGGGUGUCUGGAAAAAAAAGACUUUUGCCAUUCUACCUGCCAUUAAACCUAAUGGGUUCUGAUUAUAUUUGAUUUUGGCUUUAGGCGUUAUCUCUGGGACAUAACCCCUAUUUAAGUUGAAAGUUGCCUGUAAGUUAAAUAACACAAGCAAGCUGAAUAUGGGUGGGGGGAAUCUUAUAGGGGAGAAAUCUGAUUCAGUUUGCAUUUAAAAUCAAACUUACCAAACCCAUACUUUCUGAAACAAGGUGUGAACUGAAAUACAGCCAUCCCCUGAAAUACACAAUUUUCUAAACUUUGCAAUGCAGUUCUCUAGUCAAGCUAGCCAAAAAUACACAUACAGUCGUACCUUGGUUUGUGAAUGCCUUGGUAAGUUUUGGCUCCCGAAUGCCACAAACCCAGAAGUGAGUGGCUGUGGCUUCCGAUUGAUGAAGCUCCUGCCACCAAUCGGAAGUCGUGCCUUGAUUUUCGAACUUUUUCAGAAGUUGAAUGGACUCCCAGGACAGAUUAUAUCCGAGAACCAAGGUACGGCUGUAUUAGGGUGAAGGGCGUAUAUAAAUGCAUAUAUUAGUGGACAUAGCAUGUGAAAUGCAUUUACUCAGGAAAAUUGCUUGCAAACAUGCAUAUAUUUUCAAAACUGUAUAUUACAUAUUAAAAGAAACUUGCACUAAAAGGCUGACACAUUUUUGUAAGGGUUUUCCAGUGCAAAUUGCUGUUAAAUUUAAGAUAGGAAAAAUUAGAAUCUGAGAUAACAGAAAGUUGACUGAUUUGUCCAUCUGUGCUUGAAUGUAUAGAGGGAUGGAGAGGCUGACUAUUCCUAAUAAUAAUAAUAAUAAUAAUAAUAAUAAUAAUCUAUAGUAACCUAAAUGUAAAAUGUAUACUUAAGCAGGGCUUUUUUCCAGGUUUGAGGGGCCCUUGGCAAAUAGGUGGAUCCUUGCCUAAACUAGGACUCCCCCACAGUUUAUUCAUUUAUUCAUCCGUGGGCAGCAACAGGACUCAAGUUUGAAGACAUUUGGUCUCUCCUGGAAGCUAACAUUUUAAUUCCCUGCACUAUAGCCCAGCACUGGGAAAAGGACAUUUAUUUAACAGGAACCCAAGUUAGGCACCAGUGGUAGGCACUGUGGGUUUUCCAGAGCCCUGGCAGCUGUCCAAUGAUUCUGGGUGCUGAUAUCAGGCCGGACACUAAUCAGUAUUGGUUGGACCUUAUGGUGUCUAUUUUUUUGCCUAUUCCAGAAUUCACACCAGCAGCCUGGAUAGCUAAAACAGUUAAGAUAUUUUGUAGGCAAUGUAUUGCAUAACAACAUCUUCUUUGUGGAUAACAGUAUCCCUUGCUGUAUGUGUGUUUUGGAACUCUCAUACGAUGCAAAAACUGUUCUUUGAUGUUGUAGAAUCACAUAAUAAUUUUGCCUUUCCUUUCCUUAAAAACUAGAUGCCAGCAUGGAACAAUUUACAGAUAUAUUGUUGAAUUUGAUUUUCUUGUUUUUCAUGUUUUUUAUUGUGUCUCUUGUUUAUUCGUAAAGACUGCAUUUUUCUUAAGUAGGCAUUGUAUCUACAAAAUUACAGAAUGAAAACAAAAACUGUUUUCAUACUUCUAAAUGAGAAGUAACACAUGGAAAUGUUGAAUGGUUUCUUUAAAUGUAAAGGUUCAUCACUGUUCUACCCGAUGUGUAUGUCUUUAAGGGGCCAGAGCAAGGGCCAGAGCAAGAUAACGAGACCCAGCUUUACAGCUGUGAAACAUAGCAGGUGCUGCUGAGUUGUAUUGAUUAAGCUGUGUUGGUAAUUGGGUGUAGUAUAUAAGGAGCAGCACCUAGCUCUCCCAUUACCCUGGGGGAUGGGUUGGUGGUUGGGUCAUGUUGGUUUGUUAAUGUAUUUAGUGUAGAAGGAGUUUUUGUUUUUGUAAUUAAAACCUUGUUUAAGUUAUUUUUGAGUCCCUUUUUAAUGCAUGGUCUCCCCAGCAAGCUCUCUGCAGCGCUACCAUACUGCAAAUAGCCAACAGGAAGCAUGAUUUGAAAAUAUAGAUGAACAGAAGAAGCAGUAGAUUUGAAAGUUACAUUGCUGCCAUUUCCUUAAACUUCAAAUCUUAAUGUAUUUUAAAAUUGGAUGAGGUUUUCAUACCACUUUUGGUGUUCUCCCUCACUGCUGUUUUAACAUUUGUAUUUUUUAAGAUAGCUAUGCAUGCUUUAUACUGUUAACCACCCUCAUACUUUCUGCUGAAGGAUGGUAUAAAUCUCUAUUAAACAAUAAAUCAAACUUUGGUUUACAGGUGUGUACCAGAAAGGCACCGAUCAUUUGCUAUGGGGGUUCACAUGCUCUUUCUACGAAUUUUGGGUAUGUUUUCUAAAACCUCUAUACUUAAGUAGGAACUAGGAACAAUGGUCACAGUUCUAAGAAUCACAAGUGCCCUGAGGCUCCAUAGUUACCGUAUUUUUCGCUCUAUAAGAUGCACCAGACCACAAGAUGCACCUAGUUUUUGGAGGAGGAAAACAAGAAAAAAAUAUUCUGAAUCUCAGAAGCCAGAACAGCAAGAGGGAUCGCUGUGCAGUGAAAGCAGCAAUCCCUCUUGCUGUUCGGGUUUCUGGGAUAGCUGCGCAGCCUGCAUUCGCUCCAUAAGACGCACACACAUUUCCCCUUACCUUUUAGGAGGGAAAAAGUGAGUCUUAUAGAGCAAAAAAUAUGGUAUCUAUGGAAAAGGAAGGAUCAGGAUGUUACCUGUACAAAUGUAGGUAACGGGUGACUCAAUCAUGGCUGAUGUACACUAUCAUUAGCUCUAUUCAGGCUGAAGUUUAAAACAUAUCUUUCUUAAGUUGAUAUUGACUCUGGAGGAGAUACUACUGAUAAUUUAUUGCUGCUGAUUUGUGUUUAUUUUUUAUUUAAAAUACACAUGAAAGGCUCAUUUCAUUGAAUAUUUUUAGAUUUCAUUAAAUUCUAUGUUGCUAGCCAUGGUUUCUUUUGAGCAAAACUUAGUAAUAAAUAACUUGUAAAUGAAUAGGCUUCUGGAAUAUUGUUGAUUUCUAAAUAAGCAAUAUUCUUCUACAUCCCAUAACUCGUCUAUAUAAACUGCCACAUAUAGUGCUCCAAGCAGUACAAUCUUGCCAUAUUUCCCUGAUUUCUUAUAAUAACUCAUGGGGUUUUGCUCUGAAGCACACUUUGUUACUCUGUUGUAGCUCUGGAGCAGGGUUGGAGACAUGGAACAGACUAGUGGGACAGAUCCUUAUCUCCCAUAUAGAGAUGCGAAGGCCUGGAAAAAACCUGGAAAACUUGGGGGAAAACCCAGGUUUUUUCCAUUCUCUCCCCCCCCCCCAGCUUUCCCCAUACUCCCCCUCCUCCGUUUUAUUUCCAAAGCCUUUUUUUUCUGGAAAAAAUGAAAAAACAGUUUGAUAUAGUUUGAAUAUUCCACACACUCCCACCCUUUUUUUUCUGGGGGAAAACAGCUUUGCAAAACAACAACGACAACAACAACAAUCCUGCGGGAAAAGUGGCCCCCCCAUUUUUUCUGGUUUUUUCCAGGGCUUUCCAUCUGUACUCCGCUACUGCUUAUCAGCCAAAUCUGACCAGUGGAUUGGGUCCCUCAGAGUGUCUCCCGUCACUGAAAAUUGGUGUGUGUGGGGAUUUGCCCUCCCUUGCUUCAACAGUUCCAAAUUUGUCUGUUAGUUUUGUGUUAAGAACUUUGCCAGGCUCUACGUUUCAUUUCCAUUUUGAUGAUUUAUCAAGUGAAAACUUAUUAAAGAUUGAGGAAAAACAUCAAUAUGGUGACACUGGCUAGUCUGUACAUUCAGAGGGCAUGAUCUGGAGGCAUGAAUGCAUGGAGAAAUGUUCUUGUUUGAGAGAGCACAUUGCAGAGGUAACUGAGAACAGGAGGAUCUGGAUCAUAAUCUGAAUCUUAAAAUCUGAAUUUUUUUUGACAGUCAAUUGAUAGCAUAGGGUUUAUUCAAAACAUUGCUAUUGCCAUUAGUAAUAGUUUUAGACAUAUAAACUAUGUCUUUAAGUCUUGCAAUCAUGCAUUUUGUUAAAGGCAAAAAUAUAUUUAUAUUAUUUUGGAAUGCUUGAAGAGCCUUCUUUAUUGGUUAUAGAAGUCCACUAUUGGUACAACACCUCUAUUUUACAGCAUGGUUUCGGCAUCUGAGUUUGCAUUUUCAGUUGUUGUUUUUCACCAUUCCAUUUUCUACAGGCAGCAUACCUGGACCAAUCCUCUUUGGUGUUUCAAUAGACAGUACAUGUACGCUAUGGGAUAUAGAUAAGUGUGGACGUAAAGGAUCAUGUUGGACCUAUAACAACCACAGAAUGGCCUAUAUGCUAGUGGGCAUAAGUAAGUAUCUCUCCAAAGCCUUGUGCUUCAAAUAGUCUGAGUCUGAACAAUUCCAGUGAAGAUAUAGGAUGGGGGAGGCGCCUUGUAGUUAGAAUUAACUGUUUUAUUUCUCAUUUGUCUGGUAUGCUAAGCAAACUGAAUACAGUGGUACCUCUGGUUACGUACUUAAUUCAUUCCAGAGGUCUGUUCUUAACCUGAAACUGUUCUUAAUCUGAAGCACCACUUUAGCUAAUGGGGCCUCCCACUGUCACCACGCUGCUGGAGCACGAUUUCUGUUCUCAUCCUGAAGCAAAGUUCUUAACCCGAGGUACUAUUUCUGGGUAAUCGGAGUCUGUAACCUGAAGUGUAUGCAACCUGAAGUGUCUGUAACCUGAAGCGUAUGUAAUCCAAGGUACCACUGUACAUGGUCUGAGGAUCAGCAGUUUCUUAUUUUUAUCACCCGCGAGGGGCGACCUAACGUGCCCUGAUGCUUGCUGGAAGUUAUUGUGACAGACAUGAACAGAUGUCAGUUUCAUACGAAUGCAGUGGUGAGACCAUAAAUGGCUGACAACAGACGUGAAAGGGGAAACUGGAAGUUAUCCCUUGUCAGGACAGACUCACCACCUCGGGUGAAGCUGCAGCAAUAGCCUCCCAGCAGAGGUGUCACUGCUGCUUACCAAGGGGGGGGGCGGGGGGCUACCCAAUGGUGAGACUCGCACUUCGUGGGCACACUGUUGGAAUCAAUCAGCUUCCCUGGUUGGUAUGGUCACACAGCCUCAGCCUUGCACAUUGGCGGAGGAAGGUGGGUGCGGGGGGCACACCACUCCGAGUGUCAUUCCUAAGCAGGGGUGACAUUCGGCACUCCGCCCACCCGCGACUCGGACUCCCACGCCUACCGUGAGCUAUUGGAGGAAGGGGCAGGGGGACCUGCUGCACUGCUUUGCUGGUUCCUUCCUCUCCCCUUCCAGCUCACCUGCCUCUUUCCCACCCUCUCCUCCAGCCAGGAGUCACGGGCAGGUGGUGCACUGUUGUGGGUGGUGUGCAGUUGCCCCAUGCUCCCGGCUGGAGGAGACAGGCAGGCAGGGGAGAGGAUGGGAAGGAGGCAGGCAAGCAGGAAGGAGAGAGGAAGGAAGUGGGAUUGGUGGGUGCGCAUCUGGCUAUCCUACGCCUUGGAGGGCACCCUCUAUGCCCCUCGGGAAUGCGCCCCUGCGCCCCUCAGGAAUGUGCCCGCCCUGGGCAGCGCGGGCAUAUGAUGUGCCACUGGCCUUGCAGUCUUCCACAUGGCAGUCUGGCAGGCCUCCCUCUACACAGAGCGCUAUUUCUGCCUCUUUCUUGAGAGCCAGUGUGGUGUGGUGGUUAAGAGCGGUAGACUCCUGGUGAACCGGAUUCAAGUCUCUGCUCCUCCACAUGCAGCUGGGUGACCUUGGGCUAGUCACACUUCUUUGAAGUCUCUCAGCCUCACUCACCUCACAGGGUGUUUGUUGUGGGGGAUGAAGGGAAAGGAGAACGUUAGCUGCUUUGAGACUCCUUUGGGUAGUGAUAAAGCGGGAUAUCAAAUCCAAACUCUUCUUCUUUCUAUAGCUCCCUCAGCUGGCCCAAUGCCAAUUGUAGACGGCAUCUUAAUUGGCUGCCUUUUAACUUAUCAAUAAAUCAAUCAAUGUGUGGAAUAUCAAAGCUUCAAUAUAGGUUAUGUUGCUGAGAUCUCCAAAGAGGUGUGAAAUAAAUCUACAACACAAUAAACCGAAAGCUAUCACUAAUUGCUAAAUUAGCAAAAGGGAAAUUGUUAAAAUGCUGCAAUUCUUCCUUCUUUCCCUUUCGCAGGCGUCAUUGCCAAAGUCAUCUCCAUCAUUUUUACUGUUACAGCAGUUUUCAUAUAUAACCCUCCACCAGAGCAACUGGAGUCUUCAGAGAAGAAAGAAGAAGCAGUGACUUCUGUACAACUUUAACACAGCAAACCCCUAAAUUUUUCAUAGAAACUCUCACGCAAAAACUAAGACUGAAGCGAUGGCUUUCUAAGAAAGUGUCAUAGCAGCUGGCUCUGCUAAAUAUGAAUCAUGCCAGCACCGGAGCACAUCUUGAGCAACUGUUUCAAGUUGGUUUUUUUUAAAAAAAAUAUAUAAAAAAAAUAAACACAGCCUGUCAGGUUUAUUUCAGUCACCUCAAACAAUGUUUCAUUCAGGAAAAAUACCAUGAGGUUGGAUCCAGACUUUCCAGAAAUGCAACUCCAUCAAGAGUAUUCUUCCACUAGGUGAGAAGAUGGGGAGAAGAGGAAAUAUGUACUGAUUUCCCAAUUCCUUCCUCAACCUCCUCUGACAACCUCCCAAAUUUGCACCAGCCUGGGAGGAAGAGGGGUUGGGGGUUGCAGAGGAAAGAGGAAACCGUCAAAAAUUGCCUCCAGAAAUAAACCCCAGUGGGAGGUACCAUUGGAUUGGAAUCUCUUCCGCAAACAGAAAAGGCAAAUCUGGAUCCAAUCUCCUAGAAUGUUGCAGAAUAUAAAACAGCACUUUGUUUUAAUCUUAUGUCAAAGAGAUCAGAGGCAUAUUUAAAUUUUAUGUUGUUUCUUUCCAGUCAUCAGCAGCUAUGUGCAAUUGGCUUUAGGAGCUUGUGUCCCACCAGCAGAUUUAUGACACUGCUGAACCCCACAGAAGCCCUUUCUGUAUGAAAUAGCGGAUACAUGUAACUACUGUUGUUUUGCAAAUAAUGACAGCCACAUGCAUAGACCCCACUUAUUCAUGCAGUUGGUAUCUCCACAAGCCCAGCAGUUGCCCCUAUACUCCUGAGCGUCUGACCUGACCUGUCAGUGAACUGUGAUGCACUACAGAGAAUUAGCCACCUAAGAGCUAAGUUUACUUGUUUAAAGCUCUUGUAAUGUUUUCUACAAACCAGGCACACUGUGCAACAAUACUGUUGGCUAGUUGACCAUAGAUGCAAAGUGUUUUAAAUUUAUUUGCACCUCUGUCUCUCAAAGGAUAAAUGUGGAUUGUUUACAUAGCUUGCCAGGUUGACAAAACCGAGUGCCUGUUUUGUAGGCUUUCUUUGACUUGUAGGCUUUCACUUGACAGAAAUGGAACAAUUACAAGAUGUGAAAAUCUUUCUAGCGAUUUCCUUGAAUUCUUUUGUUGAGCCAAAUAAAGAAAAAAUGCUCUGGCAAAUGCCUCUGUUGUUCAUAUAUAUAUGAAAUUAUAUAUAUGCUUUUAUAUAUAUGAAAGCAUAUAGAAUGUUAUACAACAGAGGCAUUUUGUCUUUGUGUGGCUCAACAAAAGAAUUCAAGAAAAUUGCUAGGAAGAUUUUCACAUGCAGGACCCAGUACCAUUGUUUAAGUGUGUGUGUGUUUGUGUGUGUGUUUGUGUGUGUAACCAUAGGAAUACUAACUCAAAAAAAAAACACCUCAAUUCAAGAAGGUUAUUUUAAGCUCUUUAUGUUCAAGAAAAAUGGUUGCUACCAUGUCUCCAAACCCAUUUGAUAUAACUACUUGAACCUCUGGCCUAUGCCUGUUUAUAAACAGACUAAUUUUAGUCAGGAGAAUCAUAUAUAUUUUAUCUACUAUUUAAACCUGAAAACUAGUUAAACCAAUAACCUUACACAUUUUUAUGUACCUUACAGUGCCAUUAGGUGUAUGUCACCAUUCAUAUAUGAAAAGUGGCAAUUGCAGAUGAAUUAUUUUUUUUUGUAUGUCUGAACACUCAGAUACACAACUUUCACUGAAGUGUAUCUGAGAAGUGCAGAAAGAAUAUGUCUAUAUUUAGACAUUCAUAAAAUUAAUUUGUGAUUCUUGUCAUUCCAACGUCAAGUUAAACAUUCUCAUGCGUUCUCAAUAUUAGUGCCAUAAAAUGGAGUGCGUUGAAUCUUAAACAUCUUCAUAAAUGCUAGGAUACAUGGGGUUGUUAUCAUUUCCCACCUUAUUUUCUAUCACAUGUUUUUCCAUUAAUUCCAAAAUAAUGGUGAGGAGGGGUAAUUUAGGAUGCAUUCACAGCAUCUUAUGCCCCCAGCAGUCAUAAAAAUAUUGCCAUUUGAAAGUAUGGAGCAGAGAGAAUGGUGCAGCUUCAGUGAUUCACAACAUGACUUGUCUGUUUUCAUAAGGGUAUCAGAAAAGUGGUCCUUGGGAUCAUUGGCAGUAAAAGGGUUCUGUAACAGAUCACCAAAAAAAAGAAGCCUGCACAAGUUAGGAUCUCUGCAGCACAAGCAAGUAAUAUACUUUACUCUUCCUGCUUUUCAGGCUUUUUCAGUUCUACAUUUUUAAAAAGUUUUGUCUCAGUAUUUUGUUUCACAAGCAAUGUGAAUCAUAAUCUCUUCUUGCAGUGAUCUGGACAAAGUUAUCAACCGUACUGUUUGUGUCUUUUUUAUAUAAUGCAAAUACAUCCAUAGGGUUAGAAAACACCUUUGGUUUUAUAUGUAUGUUGGAUUAUUAUGUUAAAGGGCUGAUCAUUUUAGAAGCAUUAAAAUGCAUUUCGAAAGAAAUAGCUGGGGGGAACCAACUAACUUUCUGGCAUUUUAAGCUAGCCUUAUUCUGACUGCCAGAACUUUUCUUAAACCAAAUGCCUUAAAGAGUUCAGCCACAAUCCAAAAUGUGGGUGAUCAAGGCAAUGGGAAGAUUUUCUUUUCUUUUCCUCCAUAGCAAUCUGGUUCUGUCAGAUUGCUUUUUGCAGCUCCCCUUGUGAAUUGUGGGGAGUACUUUAUUGCAUUUAGACAAAAUGAAGUUGCUUGCACAGAGCUACUUACAUAACAUUGGCAAACACAUUUCUCUAAAUUUUGGUGAGUAGGCUAUGGUCCUGGACCCAUUUAUGUGUAAUUUUCCUGCAGAAAUCACUGUGCUCUCUUUCAGAUACCUUUCUAUACAUACUACUAUUUGGGUGCAGGAUUGUAUAUAAAUCCUCUUUCAAUUACAGUGCGAAGAACUUAUCAAGAUCUGUUUUUUGGGUUUUUUUUAGUGUCAAAUAGUAUUUUCCAAUGGAAACCAUCUAACAGAGUUAGGUAUGCUCAGGCUCUGUGGACAUUAUGAUUUUGCUCUUUGCAAGCUAACAGAAUGCUCUUUUAUAGUGCCACUAAGUGCCGGAUAAUUGCACUAUUUUGUUGUAUCAAUAAAUGUAUUUGUGUGUACAUAUAUGCAUAUCACACAACUCUAUGCAAAGAUCCUGAACAGACUGUACUCCUGUUGUGUUGAACAGUUUCACAUAAUAUUUUGAAUGAAAGAGUAUUUAUUUUAGAGCAUCACACCAAGAGGUAAAUGCCUUACAAAUUUUAUUUUGUUCAAACAGAUUAUUUUUAAAUAUUUUACUUGAAAUAAAGUUUUAUUUCAAAUGU